AUUCUGUCCUUCAUGGUUUAUCCCUUGAUGGAUUGGAAAGAAUGGUGCAUAUGUAGCUCUCUGAAUUAUAACACGGGAUUUGGAGGAAAAUCUUGAUUUUAAACCUUCUUCUCAGCAGGAGGAGGAGAAGAAGGAGAAUAGUUUGGUUUGUGGGUAUCAGGUCUUCUAGAGAGUAAAAAUGGAGGAAGAUGCUAAUUCUUGGAUAAGGAGAACCCAUUUUUCACACACCAUUUAUCAUCGGUUGGAUGCAGCAAGAUUGGCCUCCGCUUCUUUCACAAGUCAGCCAAAUCGAAUUUCGGGUGUGAAAUCAAGACCCGGAACAGCCUCUGUUUAUGCUAGGUCAGGCGCAGAAAGUGUACUGAUUCAGCAAAAUCCUGUCACAAACAAGCAAAGGGCUGUAUCACCUCUCCCAGAAAGCAAGCUUUCUGAUACCUUUAAGGAAGCUCGGUCCAAUCGAAAGAGAUUCUCAACUCCACAUCCUAGAAGGAAAGAGCAUGAGACGUGGAUUGUAGGCAAAUUGUUUCACAAAGAUUCACAAGGAACCAAGGGACUUGAUUCAAAGUCACCUUUGAAUACUAGCCCCCUUAGGCACUUCUCUUCGAUGAAAAUUAGUGAUAAAACGAAGAACAAGAAGGAAUUUGUGUGGACAAAGUAUUUUGACAAUGGUGGAGGAAGGGUUACCUCUGUGGAAACAGCAGAUGAGUAUAUGGUUGAUCUUUCAAAGCUAUUUCUUGGCCUUAGAUUUGCUCAUGGGGCACAUAGUCAGCUUUACCAUGGGAUAUAUAAGGAUGAACCUGUUGCGGUGAAAAUUAUCAGGGUUCCAGAUGAUGACGAAAAUGAAGAGUUAGCAGCUCGGUUAGUGAAACAAUUCAAUAGGGAAGUCAUUCUCUUGUCUCGACUCCACCAUCAGAAUGUCAUAAAGUUUGUAGCAGCAUGCAGAAAGCCACCCGUUUAUUGUGUUAUCACAGAAUAUCUAUCAGAGGGGUCCUUGAGGGCAUACUUGCACAAGCUUGAGCAUAGAUCUCUUCCCUUACAGAAAUUAGUCACUUUGGCUUUGGAUAUAGCUCGUGGAAUGGAGUACAUACACUCACAAGGUGUUAUUCAUAGGGACCUCAAACCUGAGAAUAUACUUAUUAAUCAAGAAUUCCAACUGAAAAUUGCUGAUUUUGGAAUAGCUUGUGAGGAGGUAUACUAUGAUCUUCUGGCAGAUGACCCAGGUACUUAUCGUUGGAUGGCACCUGAGAUGAUCAAACGUAAGUCCUAUUGCCGUAAGGUUGAUGUAUAUGGGUUUGGACUCAUUUUAUGGGAAAUGGUAUCUGGAACUAUCCCUUAUGAGGAUAUGACACCCAUCCAAGCUGCUUUUGCUGUAGUGAAUAAGAAUUUGAGACCAGCUUUCCCUGGGGACUGCCCUCAUGCCAUGAGAGCUUUAAUUGAGCAAUGUUGGUCUUUGCACCCCGAGAAGAGGCCUGAGUUCUGGCAGGUGGUGAAGGUAUUAGAGCAGUUCGAGUCAUCACUUGCCCGGGAUGGAACCCUAGAUCUGGUACAAAACCAAACAUGUCAUGAUCAUAAGAAAGGGCUUCUUCAUUGGAUUCAAAAGCUUGCUCCAACGCAUCAUGAUAGUUCAUCCAUGCCUAAACCUAGAUUCACAUGACUUUUCCCAUUGAUCUGGAUUUGGUAGUUUCAACAGGUCACAACGUAAUUAAAAAGAUACGAGAAUCCACAAAGGAAAAGUGAAGGAGAUGAUGACAUUAAUGUCGAUGUCUGCUUUCUUAUUGCGCGUCUGUAUCCCGUGGUUUCAUUUUCAUGGGGUUCAGGUUUUGAGAGGAUGGCUGGGUGAAUGGUUCCAUACCCUUUAAAGUGAAAGGGAAGCAGUUAAAAAUCACAUUGUCAUGUCCUUACAUUGAUUGAGUUGCCAGUUGAAGUUUAUGAUUGCAUCAAGUUGCUGAGAUUUGAGUUUCUUUCUUUCGUUUGGCAUAACACAUGGUCAUGUGACUUCCUUACCACC